CCUUUGUAGGAGCGAAUUGAAGAAACAAAAGAUAACGUUGUGGGUGGGGAUCAAUGGCAGACGGCGUUAAAAGGGCCAGCGAUAAGUAUAGGUCCUUUCUUCACGAAGAAGGAGGAAACAUCCAGUGGAGGCACGGCGGUGCUCCCACUUAUGACGCCGUUAACGAGCUCUUUGAACAAGGCAGAACCCAGGUAUGGCCAGAAGGAUCCUUAGAAGAGACAGUACAAAAUGCUGUAAAGUCGUGGGAAAUGGAGCUGUCUCAUAAAAUUCGCAUACAAGACUUCAGGACCAUCAAUCCUCAAAAAUUCAAGCUCUUCGUUAAUGGGAGGGAGGGAUUGUCAGCUGAAGAAACCUUAGAGCUGGGGAGUUACAAUGCACUGUUGAAGACUUCGUUGCCGGAACAGUUGAAGGUGUACAAAUCCGAGGAGGAGAGUUUUGAAUCGUCACACGAUGUGUUCCGGUCGGCAUUUCCUCGGGGGUUUGCGUGGGAAGUGAUGGCCGUGUAUUCUGGGCCGCCUGUGGUGACCUAUAAGUUCAGGCAUUGGGGCUAUUUUGAAGGACCUUUCAAGGGCCAUUCUCCUACCGGAGAAUUAGUUCAGUUUUAUGGCCUUGGAAUCAUGAAGGUUGAUGAAUCUCUGAGUGCCGAGGAAGUAGAGAUAUAUUAUGAUCCAGCAGAGCUUUUGGGUGGGCUUCUCAAAGGAACAGAUUCCAACAUUAAGCAAUGCCCCUUCCACAAAUAAAAAAGCACCAUCGCUGUUUGUUUUUUUAAGGUUACCGUUCUGAUGUUAUGAAUUUCCCUAGCUUCAAAGUAGGAAUCUUGUUAUGAAUAAUGACAAAUUAUCUCAUGAAUCAAGUUUCACCUUUCAUGGUGAAUCCUAAUUCAAAAUGAUAUCGUUUUAUAUUAAGUGUCUAAA